AUGGCUAACGGACAACAAGAUGUACAACCACGCACCUUGAAAGAUUAUGUACGGCCAAUUGUGAAUGACAACUACUCGUGUAUAAGAUGUCAAACCAUUAAUGCCAACAAUUUUGAGCUCAAACUAGCCUUAAUCAACAUGGUGCAACAAGCCCAAUUCAGUAGAUUGCCACUUGAUGAUCCCAAUAUUCAUUUGGCGAUAUUUUUGGAGAUUUGUGACACUAUAAAGAUCAAUAGUGUUACUGAAAACACCAUUAGACUGAGAUUGUUCUCUUUUUCUUUGAGGAACAAUGCAAGAGACUGGUUGCAAGUUCAGAUGUUCUACAAUGGAUUGAAUGGACAAACUCGAACCAUAGUUGAUGUUGCUGUUGGUGGAACUUUGAUGUCAAAGACAGUUGAAGGUGCUACCUCUCUUUUGGAAGAAAUGACCUUAAACAACUACCAAUGGCCAACCAAAAGAACUAUGGCUAAGAAAGUUACGGGGAUUCAUGAAUUGGGCCGUUAG